AUGGUAGACAUUCAGUACUUUGGUAAUUCUGUGUUCGGCCAUUCAGCCGCGCACUGGUUGGGCACUGCACGCCAGGCUGUUGUGCCUGAGCCUAGGGAAGAUAUUCUACCGGACUAUCCAGCGCACCGUGACAUCCCACAAGCUGGAGCUGCGGUGGUCCUGCUGGCGGUGGAGAGGCUGGUCCAGGUGAUGAAGUUAUGGGCCCUGAGGGUGGCCAGUCGGUUGCAGGCGGUCCAGCUAAAGGGCCGGUGGGAGCAGCCGGCAGCGGCGCAGAUGGGCCACCAGCCGGCGCUGGUGAGGGCGGACAGCCGAGAGGAAAGCCAGGAGAUUUAG